AUGUCCACUUUCGAGAUUCCAGAGACCCAAUGGGCCCAGGUGGCCGAGAAGAUCGGAGGGCCACUUGUCCUCAAGCAGAUCCCCGUUCCCAAGCCCGGCCCUGACCAGAUUCUGGUUAAGAUCCGUUACUCUGGCGUUUGCCACACCGAUUUCCACGCUAUGAUGGGUCACUGGCCCAUCCCCGUUAAGAUGCCCCUCGUCGGUGGCCACGAGGGAGCUGGAGUGGUCGUCGCUAAGGGCGAUCUUGUUAGCACCUUCGAGCUCGGUGACCACGCUGGAAUUAAGUGGCUCAAUGGCUCUUGCACUGAGUGUGAAUUCUGCCGCCAAUCUGAUACUCCUCUGUGCGCUGAUGCACAGCUUUCCGGAUAUACUGUCGAUGGUACUUUCCAGCAAUACUGCGUUGGAAAGGCCACACACGCUGCUAAGAUCCCUAAGGAUGUCCCUCUUGAUGCAGCAGCCCCGGUUCUCUGCGCCGGUAUUACUGUUUAUAAGGGAUUGAAGGAGUCCGGCGUUCGUCCUGGACAGACAGUUGCUAUUGUUGGAGCUGGCGGUGGUCUUGGAUCCCUUGCACAGCAAUAUGCUAAGGCUAUGGGUCUUCGAGUGGUCGCUAUUGAUGGAGGCGAUGAGAAGAGAGAGAUGUGCGAGGCUCUUGGCACAGAGACUUAUGUUGAUUUCACCAAGUCCACUGAUCUUGUCGCUGAUGUGAAGGCGGCAACUCCCGGCGGUCUCGGUGCUCAUGCUGUUGUCUUGUUGGCUGUCUCAGAGAAGCCUUUCCAGCAAGCCUCAGAAUAUGUUCGCUCUCGCGGCACAAUUGUUGCCAUCGGAUUGCCCCCUGAUGCAUACCUUAAGGCCCCUGUUAUCAACACUGUCGUUCGUAUGAUCACUAUUAAGGGAAGCUACGUUGGAAACCAGCAGGAUGGUGUUGAAGCUCUCGACUUCUUCGCCCGCGGAUUGAUCAAGGCUCCAUUCAAGCUGGCUCCUCUUGCAGAUCUUCCCAAGAUCUUCGAGCUUAUGGAACAAGGCAAAAUUGCCGGCCGUUACGUCCUUGAGCUGCCCGAAUAA